CUGAGUUUGGCGGCACGACCCUCGUCCUCUCCAGUUGACCACAAUUAGAGGUGGAAGCUUGGCGACUGGCCCAUCCUCUUACGAUGGAGGACAGAGGCUUAAUGGCCUUUGAGGAGGACUGGAGAUGCCUGACUGGGAGCCUCCCCUUGCCUGCACCGGUGGAGGGUCCAGCUGCACAGACCGCCUCUGAGCCCAGCAGGUCAUCUUCCUGGGCCCACAGACACCUGAGCAGAAAGAACGGGCUUUCUAAACUUUGCCAGAGUAGAAUGGCACUGUCUGAAGACAGAUGGAGCUCCUACUGUCUGUCAUCACUGGCUGCCCAAAACAUUUGUACAAGCAAACUGCACUGCCCUGCCGCACCUGAGCACGCAGACCUGGCCGGGUCCCUGGGCAGCACGUCCUGCUGCUCCCUGCUGCAAGGCUUGUCUUCAGGGUGGUCUGCACCCCUGCUCCCAGCCCCUGUGUGCAACCCUAACAAGGCCGUCUUCACUGUGGAUGCCAGGACCACGGAGAUCCUGGUUGCCAACGACAAAGCGUGCAGUCUCCUGGGGUACAGCAGCCAUGACCUGAUUGGCCAGAAGCUCAUGCAGUUCUUCCUGAAGUCGGAUUCUGAAGUGGUUGAGGCCCUCAGUGAGGAGCAUGUGGAGGCUGACGGCCAUGCUGCCGUGGUCUUUGGCACUGUGGUGGACAUCAUCAGCCGCAGCGGGGAGAAGAUUCCGGUCUCCGUGUGGAUGAAGAGGGUGCAGCAGGAGCACAGCCUGUGCUGCGUGGUGGUCCUUGAGCCCGUGGAGAGGAUCUCGGCCUGGGUCACUUUCCAGAGCAAUGGAACCAUCACGUCAUGUGACAGUCUCUUUGCUCAUCUCCAUGGGUAUGUGUCCGGGGAGGAUGUGGUCGGACAGUGCAUCACGAACCUGAUUCCUUCCGUGCGGAUCCCACCUCCCGGCCAGCAUGUCCCAAAGGACCUCAAGAUUCAGAGAUCUGUCGGCAGAGCCAGGGAUGGCACCACCUUCCCUCUGAGUUUAAAACUGAAACCUAAACCCAGCAGUGAGGAGGCGGACGAUGGCGAGGCGGACGAUGGCGGGGCGGGCCCCACCCAGGGUUACUGGGCAUCUGUCUGGGUGUUCUGUACCAUCAGCGGCCUCAUCACCCUCCUGCCUGACGGGACCAUCUACGGCAUUAACCACAGCUUCGCGCUGAUGCUGUUCGGUUAUGGAAAGACUGAGCUCCUGGGCAAGAAUAUCACUUUCCUGAUUCCUGGUUUCUACCACCACAUGGACCAUGCAUAUGACAGUUCUUUACAGCUGCUAGACCUGGCCAACUGCCUGGACAUCGGCCACGAGAGUGGGCCUGGGGAGGUGACCUCAGACCCCUGGCAGGGCUGGGACCUGGCCGGUGGGGCCCAGGAUCCAAGGGUUAAUGUUGUUCUUGCUGGUGACCAUGUUCUGCCACAAGAUGAGACCCUAAAGCCAGUGGGAAGUCAAGAAGUCUUCACUGGGACUCAGACCCACCCAGAGACUGGAGGCCACCCCCCUGCCUCCCCGUCCUCUCAGCCUGCUCCCAGGUAACAAAACAUCCCAGAAGGAGGCCCACUAGCCCACAAUGAGCGGUCAUUGCCUGACAACCAGCAAACUACUGCUUUGGAGAAAGAGGAACCUACAGCCACAGAGAGGCCCACACAGGAUCUUUUGAGAGAAAGCAGGUCUGAACCAGGGGAUACAGAACCAUCUGCUUCAUGGGAAGACUCUGAAGCUCCAGUCCCAACUGAGGACAGGAGCAAUUGUGUUCAAAUGUGUGGCCUGUAUCAGGAAGCAAAGCUGGAACUGAUGGGUUUCAGUGGUCCCAGCAAGUCGAAACCUUGGGCUGAUGCCACCAUGGCCGAGCCCCAUGCUGUGGGCCAGCCGGCAGGGGAGGCAUUCCCGAUGCACUGCUCGUGUGGUGAGAGUGAGGGGGCUCUGCAACAGCAAAGCCAGCAUUUGGCCCCCAGCCCCUCUGGGAUGGCGUGUGUUUCAUUUGGGAUGCCUACUCUGGACGAGCCAUGGCCAGGAGUGAAAAAUGACCGAGAAGAGUUACAGACUUGCUUAAUUAAAGAACAGCUGUCCAAGUCGAGCUUUGCAGGAGCUAUGGGCAUCUCCUGCCUCGAGCUCGUCCCAGCAGAGCAUCCCCCCUUCACUGCCCCUGUGUCAUUUUGUAAUCUGGGAGGCAGAGACCUGCACAGUGGCCACUUGGGCAGCUCCUCAGCCUGCUACGCCUUGGCCACGGACCUCCCUGGAGCCCUGGAAGCUAUGGAGGCCCAGGAGGCUGACCUGAAUUCGUUUUCCUGGAACCUCAAGGAACUCUUCUUCAGCCACCAGACAGACCGAACUUCAUCGAAUUGUUCCUGUGCUACGUCUGAACUCAUAGGGACACCCUCUCCUUCGGCAGAGGACUUAGAUUUAGAUGGGAGUGGUCUCCAUGGACAGAGAUCAGAUGUUUGGGGUGACAGAGAGCUGUUACUACUGACUGGCACCGAUUCCAAUAUUGGCAAAGGCCAGCGGUUCUGGGAGAGCUCCCUGGGCCGUGAUGGAAAACAGCCAUCUGAGGUUUCCUUGGUGUCCUCUGAACACUGUGAAGUGAGGGACAGAGAAAGCCCAGGCCAUGUCCCUGCCAUGGAUGCCAGCCCAAAGGAUGCGCCCUCAUCAGCAGAGGAGCCGAGGCUGAGCAUGCAGGUCACCUCCACACCCAUGAUGCCUGGGGCUGCCGGCCUGACUCGGGAGCUGCAGGAGGGCACCUACUCUGGGAGCUGCUACCACCGAGAUGGCCUGCGGCUGAGUAUCCAGUUUGAAGUGAAGCGGGUGGAGCUCCAGGGUCCUGCAACCCUCUUCUGCUGCUGGCUGGUGAAAGACCUCCUCCACAGCCACCAGGACUCAGCCACCAGGACCCGCCUGCUCCUCGCCAGCCUGCCCAGUUCCACGCACUCCAUGUCUGAGUGGCCCGGAUCCAGUCUGGGGGAGAUGCUCAGAGCCAAACCCUGGUUUGAGGAGCCCCCCAAGGCUACAGAGCUGGAGGGGGUGGCGGCCUGUGAGGGCGAGUACUCCCACAAGUACAGCACCCUGAGCCCGAUUGGCAGCGGGGCCUUCGGCUUUGUGUGGACUGCAGUGGAUAAAGAAAAAAACAAGGAGGUGGUGGUGAAGUUUAUUAAGAAGGAGAAGGUUUUGGAGGAUUGUUGGAUUGAGGAUCCCAAUCUUGGAAAAGUCACAUUAGAGAUUGCAAUUCUGUCCAGGGUGAAGCAUGCCAAUAUCAUCAGGGUAGUGGAUGUAUUUGAAAACCAAGGGUUCUUCCAGCUGGUGAUGGAGAAACACGGCUCUGGCCUGGACCUCUUCACUUUCAUUGACCGCCACCCCUGCCUGGAUGAACCCCUGGCGAGCUACAUCUUCCGACAACUGGUGUCAGCAGUGGGAUACCUGCACUCAGAGGGCAUCGUCCAUCGGGACAUUAAGGAUGAGAACAUUGUGAUCGCUGAGGACUUCACAAUCAAGCUGAUAGACUUUGGCUCAGCAGCCUACUUGGAAAGGGGAAAACUAUUUUACACUUUUUGUGGAACAAUCGAGUACUGUGCACCUGAAGUCCUCAUGGGGAAUCCCUACAGAGGGCCAGAGCUGGAGAUGUGGUCUCUGGGAGUCACGCUGUACACGCUGAUCUUUGAGGAGAACCCCUUCUGCGAGUUGGAGGAGACCAUGGAGGCUGCAAUACACCCCCCGUACCCGGUGUCAAAAGAACUCAUGAGACUGGUCUCUGGGCUGCUGCAGCCUGCCCCUGAGCAGCGCACCACCUUGGAGAAGCUGGUGACAGAUCCGUGGGUGACCCAGCCAGUGGACCUUGCUGACUAUACCUGGGAGGAGGUGUGUCGGGUAGACAAGUCAGAAAGCGGAGUUCUGUCCACUGCGAGCCUGGAGAUGGGGAGCAGGACCCAGAGUGAAAUGGCCUGGGCGCAGGAGCCGUGUGGGGAAUCUUGCCUCAGGGGAGGCUCCAAAGGGCCUGUGCUGUUUGCGUCAUAGGCCCCUCGCCGCUGCCUGGCUACACACUAGCU